CGGAGUUCGGGGUUGUGUGCUGUACAGGAUCGGCUAUGUAACAUACGCAGUGGAACACGUCUUCAAAACAUAUUGUAACAUCUAAGUCAUGCAAUGAUGGCUGGUAGAAAACAGGGACCUGGUUUUUCUGGCCAGUCGUACUUUGUCCAGCCAUAUCCGGAAAUAGCCGAACUGUUACGAAGGCGCCAAGGUACACAAAGAACUCAACAUUACGAUAUUGACACAGCGAAUAUAAGGCGGGCGUAUUUCGAGCUACAUUCCAGCGUGUCGGAAACGCCUGGAUGUAAGAGUUAUCGACAGAGACGAGCGUACAGCGCAGUUGACGUCGAAAGGAGACCGUCGGUCACGCUACAGCGUCGAGAUGUCAGUUCCGCCAGAGCCCGACUCUCAGGGAGGCACCACGGAAGGAGUAAUGACAAGGUGACAGAGUAUGAUGCUUUGACCAGAACCUUUGUUCGGCUCCCCAAAUUGCACGGACAGCGACCUCCGUCGAGUACAUACCAGAGGAGGAACAUUCGAGAAUGGCAAAACGAGGUUACCAAAGUCGUGCCUAAGAGGCCAACGUAUUCCCUAAAGGCUCAUAUAGUGUCCAAAGAAAGGGCACAGACUGUUCCGGCCAGACCCGUUGUGACCAGUUCCACUCUCUUUCAUUGUGUAAACAGACAUAAGACUAAAGGCAAGGACUACGUCAUCUACCCGGACUGGGUUUCGGAGGGACUACCGCGGUGCCAAGGACGGUUCAACAACGUUAGACAAACUGUCCACUUAGCUUGGGGUUAGGGCCAUUUCCUGUAAUCAAGGAUUGUUUUGGUGAAGUAAUAGAACAAGUGCAAUCCUGAAUACCUGGGGUCUGUUGCUGAAAGCAUGCUUGAAGUUAUGUGCAGGUAAGAGUUUCGAGCAUGUAAGAGUAACGUGCAUAAAGGACUUACUCGCAUGUAACAGUUACAAGCACGUAAGGGUAAUGUGCCGGUAGGAGUCACGUGCAUGUAAGAGUAACUGUUUCAAGCAUGUAAAACUUCCGCGCAUGUUACAUUUACGAGCAUGUAAGACUAACGCGCAUGUAAGAGUUACGUACAUAUAACAGUUACAAACAUGUAAGAGUUACGUGCAUGUAACAGUUACAAGCAUGUAAGAGUAACGUGCAUGUAGGAGUUAAGUGUGUGUAACUACUAUUACAUGGUAGCCAUUGAAGUAGUCAUAACAUUACCAUUAUGUAAUGAUGCUUGCCUGCCCUUUGUGAAACGGACCCCAGGGUCCGUGCUCCGAAAUAGACGAAACAGAAGAUAUGCACGUAUGUCACCAUAAAUACGUGACUGGCUUGUCUUUGUGACGGGCCCCUAAGUAGACAUUGCUUGGUCAUGUUAGUUACGUGUACUUAUAGAGUUACGAGCUCUGUAAAACUAUGUAAUUAUGUAAUUAGUGCAUUAUGUAACCUGUUUUUGUCUUGCGUGAAUAAUUUCAACAAUUUAAAGUUAGCCAAUAUUCAGUAAAACCG